AUGGAAAGUCCGAACAAGAGGAGGAGGCUAGCAGAUGGGCGAUCCACAGAGGCGUCAAUUGGACGACAGCAGAGAGCUGCCUUUCUCAGCUCCAUCUCCCGAGACAUAUCUCCACCGCCGUCGUCCCGUGCGCCGGAUUCGAGUACCAAAGCUUCUACGUCGCUCACUACACCCUCUAGUGUUAUCGAUGCGAACGAAUCGAUGUCCAAAAUGCAAGGAGCAGAGCGCAAGAGGACCAACGAAGGCGCUAACGGCACACCGCACCUCGUCGACUCGCCUUUCAAACUCACUACAAUUCGCGACCUACCAGCCAGUAGCAAUAUAGAUGCUGUCAGCCUUCAUGAUAUCCUUGGUAACCCCCUCAUCAAGGAGGCUUGGGUCUUCAACUUCUGUUUCGAUAUCGACUGGAUGAUGCAAUGCUUCGAUCCAGAUGUCCGUUCUAUGGUCCAGGUCAAGGUCAUCCAUGGAUCUUGGAAGCGUGAGGAUCCCAACAAGAUCGCCAUCGACGACGCAUGUGAACGCUGGUCGAAUGUUGAUGCCGCCAGCGCCUAUCUUCCAGAUCCGUUCGGAACGCAUCACAGCAAGAUGUUCAUCCUCUUCACACAUGACAAGCAAGCAGAAGUCAUCAUACACACCGCCAAUAUGCUUCCAAAAGAUUGGGCCAACAUGACGCAAGCUGUGUGGCGAUCUGGGCCACUGUUAAAAUCGGACAACAAAACUCAAGACUUGGGUGAGAUAGGCACAGGCGCAAGGUUCAAGUACGAUCUGCUGCAGUAUCUCAAGGCAUACAAGAGAUUGACGAAGAGUGUGGUGGAGCAAUUGCAAAAUUUCGACUUUAGUUCGGUCAGGGGUGCUCUGGUUGCGUCGGUCCCUUGCAAGAUUGACAACACGCAAAGCAAAAGCACGGCUAUGCAACACCUCUGGGGAUAUCCUCAGCUCAGGGAAGUCAUCAGUCAGACCCAGCAAGAGAGGUCGACCGCCAGACCGCAGCCUUCGCAACCCCAUCUUAUCGCGCAAGUCUCGUCGAUCGCAACUCUGCACAGCGAUUGGCUUACGACUCUUGUCGAAGCCUUUAGCUGGGCUGGCGGCAAGCCCAAAAAGCUUCCUACGCUAGAUAUCAUUUAUCCGACUGCCAUUAACGUCGCUGCUUCGCUCGAUGGUUACGCUGCAGGUGGGUCAAUCCAUACAAAAGCCGAGUCUCCGGCACAUCUCAAGCAGAUCGAGAAGCUACGGCCUCACUUGGCGCAAUGGACAUCGGAGCCAAGCACGACUUUCAGAGCACUGCGGGAUACUGCUGCCCCGCAUAUCAAGACCUAUAUCCAGUUCAAUGCGAAGCCCACUGUGGACUCGCUAAGUAAGGAUGAGGUCGCAAUUGAGUGGGCACUGGUCACGAGUGCAAACCUGAGCACACAAGCAUGGGGUAGUCUUCCAAGGAAGGAAGACAAGAGCAAGAGCAAAAGCAACUCUACAAAAUCGGACCGCGUGAAGGAGGGUAUGGUACACAUCCAGAGUUUCGAGAUUGGAGUGGUGGUCUGGCCAGAGCUCUUCUGCGAGGACAGUAGCGAUCUCAGUGUGCGCAUGGUUCCAGUGUUCGGCAAAGAUUCUCCACAUCAAGCUACUGACAACGGUACGAACACGUCCGAGAUUGUCGUCGGUAUAAGAAUGCCGUACGAUCUGCCUACGACUUCCUACAAGGCUGGAGAGUUGCCAUGGUCGCCACAUGGAACAUAUAAAGAGCCAGACUCAAAAGGCAAGACUUGGAACUGA